AUGGCCGUACCACGCACUGCAUGUGCUCGUAUGCUUGGUCGUGGCCGGCAGGGAACAUGCGACCAGUUCGGCCUCGCACAGCACUCGUUUGCCCGCAUCUGCACUACCGAGUGCCGUACCACCUGCUACGAUGAGGGCCGGCUGGGGGUGCACGAGCGCCGAUCGCGCCGUCGUAUUCUCGGCCGCGACCCCUGCAUCGCAACCUACAUGGCCAGAACCAAGUACGGCGGUCGGAGGAAUAGCAACGGGCCGUCGGCGGCAACCUCGGCCGACUUGGGCGAGACACGGUGCAGUGCCCUUUUCACCGGUUCCGAAUAA